UGGAGUUUUUAAACACUUUAGUGUCACUGCAGGAUUGAGAGUAGUCCACCAACCGCGUCCUGUAGGCACUGAUGAAGGACUGAGAUUUAGAGCUUUUUUCUCUGACUUUAAGGCCCAAUCCAAUUUUUCUUUUGUACUCCUACCCCAUAUUUAUGAAUGUAACCCUUCCCUUGGAAAGGAGCAUUGGAAAAACCCUUCAAGAACCCAGUAACUGGUUAAAUUUAGAGCUUUGUUGUAUGUAUGUAUGUAAGAAAUGGGGCAGGUGGUGCAGCAAUUCAUUAUUAUUGUCUAUUCUUUAAUUUAUCUGUGAUGGGGGGAUGAAAUAAGCUUUUAUUAGCUUUUAUUCCUUUUUUUUCUGUUCCACCGUAAUUGCUAAAGUUUUGCUGUCUGUUGCACCAUUUAAGGUGGAAUGGGAAAGUUAGCUAGAGUUAGCUACCUACUGAGUGUCAGGUUGAAGCAGGGAGAGGACGCGGAGUGUAGACGCAAAUGCGAGCUUAUAAAUUUGUUAAACAGAAAUAAACCAAAAUAAACAUAUAACAAGACAGUGUAACUAUGAAAACAAAGAAAAACCUACAACCAAACGGGCAUAAAAUGUACAAGAACCGACAAACUAACACUGAAAACAGGGCUGUUUAUACACGAAAGGGGACAGGAAACACAUGGGAUAGGUAAUGAGGGGGCGGAGCUACAAAUAAACACAGGUGGAAGCACUGAAGACAUGGGUGGAGACAGGGAGAACACAGAGAGGGCCAUGUCCUUAGGAAAGGCUGCAGAGAUGCCCCUGUCUGGAACUCCUGCUCCUCCAAACAAGAGGAAAAAGCCCUCUAAGAUCAUCACUGACCUUUCCCACGUCACACAACACGAGGAGGCAGAACCAGAGGCCACAGAAUUCGACCUGGGGACCAAGAUUAAGACCCCAAAGGAGGUGAUGCUGGAGGAGCUGUCACUGAUGAAGGGCAAAGGCUCCAAGAUGUUCAAGAUGAGGCAGGCGAGAGUGGAGAAGUUCAUCGUCAGCACUGAGAACCUGCAAAAUCUCCAGAACCUAGUGCCCUCUAUAGGCGGCGAAAUGAAGACUCCGCCCACUCCCGCCCCCAAACCAGAGCUACCAAAAGCAGAGGAAGUAGACCCGGAGGCGGAGAAGCUGAAGAGGAGGAACGAGUAUGUUAAAACGUACAUCUCGCCAUGGGAGCGUGCCAUGAAGGACGACGAGGAGCUCAAAGCCACCAUGAGGCCACAGAUGCCUGGGCCUUACGUGUAUCAGGACCUCCCCAAGUACAAGAGCUUUAAUAGGACACCUCUGCCCUUCGGUGGAUUCAACAAGGCCUCUCGCCUGCUGACCUUCGAGCUCCCUGAGGUCAAGGCCUCAGAGGAGCCCGAGCCUCUGCAGGCUCUUCAGGUGGACAUCAACUCCCGACCCUCCUUUAACCGCACGCCCAUCGGCUGGGUGUGCAGCGACGAGGGCAGCAACAUCCACAUGGAUCUGGAAGCUAUCCCCUUCGACGGGGAGACCGAUGACCUCUGAGGACCCUGUUAUCUACUAUAGCAUGCACACACUAUAACACACACACAUUAUGGCACAGAACAUACAGGGGUUGGACAAUGAAACUGAAACACCUGUCAUUUUAGUGUGGGAGGUUUCAUGGCUAAAUUGGAGCAGCCUGGUUUUCAAUCUUCAUUAAUUGCACAUUAUUGCACCAGUAAGAGCAGAGUGUGAAGGUUCAAUCAGCAGGGUAAGAGCACAGUUCUGCUCUAAAUAUUGCAAUGCACACAACAUUAUGGGUGACAUACCAGAGUUCAAAAGAGGACAAAUUGUUGGUGCACGUCUUGCUGGCGCAUCUGUGACCAAGACAGCAAGUCUUUGUGAUGCAUCAAGAGCCACGGUAUCCAGGGUAAUGUCAGCAUACCACCAAGAAGAACCAACCACAUCCAACAGGAUUAACUGUGGAUGCUGUAAGAGGAAGCUGUCUGAAAGGGAUGUUCGGGUGCUAACCUGGAUUGUAUUCAAAAAACAUAAAACCACGGCUGAUCAAAUCACGGCAGAAUUCAAUGUGCACCUCAACUCUCCUGUUUCCACCAGAACUGUCCGUCACCACAAUCAAUUAUUGUGCUCUAAAACCAGGUGUUUCAGUUUCAUUGUCCAACCCCUGUAUCUACAUUCUACAACACACAGAACCCUCACACAGUUGCUAUGAUCCAAACAGAGACAAAUACAGCUCUGGAAAAAAAUAAGAGCGCGCUUAAAAAUGAUGAGCUUCUUUGAUUUUACCAAAUUUAAAACCACUGGAAUAUAAUGAGUAAGCUGAAUGAUCACAAGCCAUCAAACCAAACUAAACUGCUUGAUUUUUUUUGCACCAGGAGUGUAAAGCAUAAAGUUAUCUAAAAGCAGUGUGUAAGACUGGUGGAGGAGAACAUGCCAAGAUGCAUGAAAACUGUUAUAAAAACAAGGGUUAUUCCACCAAAUAUUGACUUAAAACUCUUUAUGAAUAUGAACUUGUUUUCUUUGCAUUAUUUGAGCUCUGAAAGCUCUUCGUCUUUUUGUUAUUAAAGCCAUUUCUCAUUUUCUGCAAAUAAAUGCUCUGAAUUACAAUAUUUAUAUUUGGAAUUUGGGAGAAAUGUUGUCUGUAGUUUAUAGAAUAAAACAACAAUGUUCAUUUUACUCAAACAUAAACCUAUAAAUAGCAAAAUCAGAGAAACUGAUUUACUUAAUUUGAAGUUUAAUUUGUUCCAGAGCUGUAUAUGCCCAUAAACAUGCAUAAUGCAUUAACACACAUACUAGGGAUGCACCAAAUAUUCAGCAAGCAAAAAUAUUGUUAAAAAACAUAAUUAAUUACAAUUAUUAACAAUAUAUAAUUUAUAUUAACACUAUAUUAUAUCGUUAUUUAAGUAAUACACAGUAUUAUUGCAUGUUUUGAAUUUUGAAUUUUAUGCCACUGACAUAAUAAUAAAAGAAUUACACCUUCUUAAAAGAACAGAAUACCAUAUUUAUUAUUGUUCUGCCUAAAGCCAAUCAAAUAAGUCACAUAUUGCAAUGUUUCCUCUAUCAUUGGGAUUUAUUUUCAGGCCUUAAAAACACUCUACCUCCCUCCUCCUCCCCUCCUCUCCUCUGGUGGCAGGCAGGGAGCCGGGAGCUAAAGCCGACAAACGGCAGGUUUAAGUUCAUUUUUGACUUUUUUUUUUUUUUUUUUUGUUUUUGCAAAAUAAAAAAUAAAGUCUAAAUAUACAUGUUCACCAUUA